AUGAAGGACCAGCACGCUCGUGGCGCUCGCGGGGCGGGAGCGCGUGCAGGGUUUGAUGAUAUCCUCCCAGGAGCGUUCGAGGCGACGUCACCGCGGUUCACGAGCGCUGAGGGGAGAAAACUAACAAGUUUGAGACACGACGAGAGAUCCCAAAUUUUGGAGGGCGCCCAGCGGCCGAAUCUUGGAAUACGUGGUGGUGCUUCGUCGCAAUCGAGAAUUCCACUUGGCAGAGUUGCCGAGGGUGCCCGGGCCCGAAGGCAGUUGCGCACGCGCCGCUUCCACGCCUUCCGGGCGCGCCUCGGCGGAAAAUCUGCCGUCGGCGUCGGCACUAGGCCCGGCGACCCGACGGUCCGAACCCCUCUGCCAAGGGGGUCGCGGUGCCCGGCUGACAAAUUUGGAAAGAAUUCGACACACGGAGCCCAAUCCAGUAGGUGGCGAGAGUCGGUGCCUAUGAACCUCUCGGCGCUCCCCGCGCCGCUGCGCACGCUCGUGGACGCCCCCCAGGACUGGAUGGAGGACGGCCAGGAGGUGAACGGCGAGCUCACCCUGCGCUCCGACGGCACCACCCUCGGGCCCGGGCGCAAGAAGGGCACGUGGAGCCCGAUGGAGGACGCGUCCACCAUCAUCGUCGAGGCGACGAUUGGCGGUGUCGAACAUACCAUCCGCUACGACGUGCCGACCGAGAAGGGCGGUUUCAUCACGGGCAUCGUGCUCGAGCCCGCGCGCGAGCCCAAGUCGAGAUGCCGCGCGCAGAAAGAGUACGUCCCUCCGGAGCGUGGGGCCAACGGCGCGGGCGGAACCUCCGACGGGGACCCCGAGGUCACGGUCGGUAUUUACCAGCCCCCAAACAAGGACCUCGCCGCGAAGCGCAUGCGCGCGAAGCAGGCGUUCGACCACGUCACCGGCGAUCAGCUGCCGCUGAACAUGGGCUUCGAUCGCACCUCCAGGGUGUUCGGCAGCGGCAUCACCUUCUACUGGAUCCUUCUCAGGGACUACGCCGUCUGCAUGCUCUGCUUCACUUUGGCUUCGUUUUGGUACUACCACAUGAUUCGCACCGCAAACGAGGAGAACAAGACCACCACCGAACGGCUCCCCGGGCUCUCUCGCGUCUCCCUCGGCGCGCUGCUCAUGUGGGGCAGCCAGCAGGCGCAGGUUGGACGCAAGUUCGACGACGAGGACCGCGACGGCAUGCUCGCGAUUGCCGCGCUGGACACGCUCAUGAUGUUCGCGCUGUCGGCGCUGGCGCUCUACCACUUCUUUCGCAAGAGACGCGCGAGGGACGAGGCUGACUUACACGCCAUCACCAUGGACGACUACAGCAUCGUGCUCGAGGACCUCCCCGAAGACGUCACCGAGGAUAGGCUUCGGGAACACUUCGAGAAGUUUGGCGUCGUCAACGAGAUCGUGAUGGGGUACGAUUUGCGCGAGAUGAUGGCGCUUCGCCGGAAGCUUCUGGAGCAGGAAGGCAACCACGAGAUGCUGGAGUACAUGCUGAAGCGCGCGAACGAGAUGCUCGGCAUCGAGUCCGACUACCACAAGGAACGGUGGGUCAAGGUGUUCGAGCACAAGGCCGGCGAGGGCGUGACGCUCGACUUGGGGCCCAACGCGAUCAACGACAUGUUCGAGAGGACAAAAAUUUGGAGGUUCGACUUUGCCGGUCAACCCCGGGCGUACUACGCCAGGCACGGCGCAAUCACCAACGACUUCGACGCGUACGCCAACAUGCUGAAGACUUGGUCGACGCGCGAUAACGUCCCGGUCGAGGAUUUUGACGUCUACGGAUCCGAGGAGGAUCUCAAGAACUCGCGCAAUCCGUGGGUUGAACACAACGCGGACGCGUCAGGCGUCGGUUUUCCGCGCGAUUCGGGGGCGUCCGGGCGCGAGGUUGGGAUGUGGGCGUGCCUCCCCGACUCCCCCGAGUACGGAGCCCACAAUCGCGGGGACACGAGCUUCGCGUUUUACCUGCCCUCGUCGCCCGUGCUCUUCGGGGAGCCGGAAAAGUAUAAGCCGCCGCCGCCCAAGUACUCCCUCACCGCCUUCGCAUCCGCCGUGACGCCCACGAAGAGCAUGUUCUACAGCAACGGCACGUUCAGCGCGCGUUCCCCCGAGGUCAUGAAGGCGCUCUUUAGGACGAGGGCGCAGAGAAAAGAGGAUGCGGCGUCGCGCAUCCAGCGCAACUACCGGGCGUACUUACGUCGCAGAGUAGCCGCGGAGGAGGAGGCCAAGAAACAGUUCGAAGCGAAGAAGCUCUCGAUGUCGCAGCGCGCGGCGUCGAUGGCGAAGCGCGCGAAGGACGCCGCGAAGACGACGGCGGUGAGCGCGGUGAAGAACACGGCGGGCAAGGCGGCGGGCAAAGUCGCGGACAGAGCCAGCGCGGCUAAGGUUGGCGUCCUCAAAAGAUUCCGACCGGACGAUUUCAACCCCGAUAAGCUCCGCGAAAGGAUCGCAAAGUCCGUGGCCGACAUCAAGGAGACCAAGGCGAUCAUCGAGGAGCGCGUCAGGGAGGGGUACAAGGUGGUCAAGGCGUGGGUCGUUUUCGAGGAUGAGCAGAGCAGGUUCGAUUGCAUGGAGCUCGUGGUGAAGAGCGAGGCGGAGGCCAAGUCGAAGAAACACGCCGUGGAAGAGGACGACGUGUGCGUGUUUGAGGGUCGACGCAUCGACCCCAACUCGGCGCGCGCGCCGUCCGACACCAUGUGGGAGAACCUGGGGUACUCCAAGAAGUACGCGGGGCUCAGAACCUGCCGGUCCCUGAUCGUGUUAUUCGCCUACCUCGUUUUCAACGUGCUCACGGUGGCGUUUGUGCAGUCGCAGCUGAGGAACCUUCCGCCGGAGGCCAUCUGCGAGGAGAUCGAGAACGGUCUCGUGGACAACCUGCACUGCUCCAAGAUCUGGAACGUCGAGAGCACCGACCCGGUGGUCAGGGAUCUCGCCAGGCGGGGCCUCCAGUCGAUGCAGAAACCUUUGGUGUCGUACAACCAGUGCGACGAUUACAUGGACUUCAAGCUCUUCACCGGUAACGCAACCGCUUACUACGGGUACUAUAGCGGAUCACACCCGCUCGCCCCCACCCCCCGGGCGUUGGAGGCUGCGAUCGCCAAGCAGGAGAAGAACAAAUUCAAUUCCGAUCCCACCGGUUUCGACAACACGACGAUCGUCGACGAAUGCGCCGCCGCGGUUUGCAUGACGUGCUACUGCUCCGAGCACAGCGAAGAGGCGGGGAAUGAAAGUUUCUGCCGAAAGUACAGCAUGGAUAACAGGGUACGUGCGAUACUCGGCGCGUUCGCGACGAUCAUCGCGGCGGUGCUCAACAUCCUGGUCAAGACUCUCUCCAUCUUCCUCUCGGAGAAGGAGCACCACCACAGCUACACCGAUUUUGAGAAGAGCGUCACCUGGAAAAUUGUCACCGUCAUGCUGCUGAUCAUGGUGUUGCUGCCCCUUUUCAUGGCUGCGAAUAUACCCGACAUCUCAUCACUCGGGUUUUUGUUCAACGGCGAACACAAGGAUUUCUCCCCGUGGUGGUACAGCGAGUUCGCGACCAAGUUUCAGCAAGUCGCGUUCAUCAACGCGUUUUCCUUGCCGUUUUCCAUGGCGAGCAAGGUCAUCGUCUUUGAGCUCAAGCGCCGGUUGCUGGCGGGCACCGCGUCGACCCAGAGGCAGCUCGACGAGCUGUACAAGCCCCCUCCGUACCUCAUGUCCGAGCGGUACGGCAUGUUCGUGUCCGCCGUGCUGUACACCCUGCUGUUCUCCGCGGGCAUGCCCCUGCUUUACUUCAUCAUGAUCCUCAUGUGCGGCAUGCUCACCGUGAUCGACAGGGUCGUGUUGCUGCGGUUCUGCGCGAGGCCGCCGAGGUACACCGGCAAGCUCGCCGCGAUGCUCAUUCACACCGUCCCGGUGGGCAUCAUCGUCCACCUGCUCGUCGCCGUGUACAUGUACGGAGAGCGGGAUCUGCCCUCGUACACUCACAUGGGCGGCGAGACUGGCAAGUGGGGCCCCAACGGCGACGACGGCUCCGGAGUCAAGGUGACCGACCACCAGUUCGACGUGAGGGAACGAAUCGCGCGGCUCAACGGAUUCAUCCCGUUCGUGGGGUUCAUCGUGUGCGGGACGAGCUUCGUGAUCGCGUACGCCGCGUUGUUUUACGCCAAGCUUAAGCAGAAGGGCGAGGGCGACGACAACAUCGACGAGGAUCUGCCGCCGAUCACUCAGGUUAAAAAGGCGAAGCAGCUGACGGGUCUGAAGACGUACUCGAUCACGGCGCACCCGGAGUAUCAGACGCUGUUCCCCCCGGGGAACUUGGUGAGCAAAGGGCUCUGA